GUGAGGAAAUCCGCGUCGCGAGAGCCCCUCUUUUCCCUGGAUCCGAUUGACCCGAAGAACCUCGAGAACUCGCCCCAGAAGAAGGUCUUCGAGCCGUCCUGGCUGGCUGGAACAAGCGCCGGCGAUGUCAUGUUCCAGGCAGACUACUUCUUGAAGGAGCUGGCUCUGGGCGAGUACACCAUGCCUGUGCUUGGCAUGCUCAGCGUCUUUGAUUGGUCCGAGAUGGGCGACAAGGAAAAGACCUGGUCUGGCCGCGAGUGGUUCGUGGUGAAGAAGGCUGAGGUCCGCAUGGCCGAAGAUCAGACUCUCAUCCCGCAUGUUCGCAUGGGCGUGGAGGCUCGUGAGCAGAUUGUGACCCCCAAGGGCCUGGAGGAUGCUCCGGUGACCGUGCCCACACAUCCGCUCAAGAAGUUUGCGGAGGCCUUCACCCGCAACUUCGAUCUAAUUGCAGAGCGAAAGAGCGUCAUCUUCCACCUUCGCGAGCUGGCCAAGACGUCCGUCAUGGCGAAGUACCUAGUGGACUCGAAGGCUCGCAUCGACCCAUCAUGGUACCGCCUAGCGGACGAGAUCGUGAAGGGUGCCCCACCAGAGCCGCACAUGGAGAUCCCACAGCUGUGGAACAUGCGCGGAAACUCCCGCAUCAAGCUCAAGAACGGACGUCUCAUCGACAUGGUCACAGGUGGCCAGAGCAAGCUGCAGGCCAUCUACGGCGGUGUCGAGAGCCUUCGCGGCACUGAGCGACUGACUGGGCGACGGCCGAUGUUCAUGCCACAGCGUUUCCAGCUGGGCCAGCGUGAAAUGCCACAAGGUGUGGAUCUCAAUUUGGACAAGUUCUCACUAUCCACCGAGGAGCGGUUCCGCGGCAGACUCCCGCCCUGCAGCGGCGAUGCCAAGUCGCUCGAGGGUCGCACCACCUUGGGCAAGGCUCCACUUGCUUUCCUUAGCAGCCUGCGUCGGAAGUCAUGGAACGGCAUGAAGAUGGACGACCAGAAGCUCCUGUUGAACAUCUUUGAUGUGUCCCAGUGCGAUCGCACCGAAGAGGGCGAUGCUUUCACACCCCCGGACCCCAAUCUGGAGUACAUCGUGAAGGUUCGAAGCCUCGUUGGUGAGGAGUGGGUUGUGCUAGAGGAGCGUGGCAUCCGCGAUCGGCGACGGGUUCGUUUCGCCGACAAGAACUUCGUGAUGGCAAAUCCCGGGAACGAGUUCCCAAGAUCUUGGACUUCCCGCUUUCAGGUGGAGAACGAGGGGCGCAUCUCAUACACUGCUCCCACGAAAUUUGGCUUGGUCAAGUUGGACGUCGACGAGAACUUCAAGCACAGCUUGCUCGAGGACGUGAUUCCCAAAGCAGUGCCUGAGUUUGAUCAGGUCACCGAAGACGGAGUCGCAUUCCGAAUCUACAAGCUUGGCAGCCUGGAGGUUCGCACCAUCCAAGAGGUCGAGGAACCUGAGAUGGUUCAUGUGGUCUUCUCCUCGCGCGCGGUGUCCUGGGAGACUAAGGGAUCCAAGACGCAGGACGUGCUCGGCAAGGAGACGCUGAGCCGGUGCCGAGUCUACGUCGAGGCCAUGGAGCACGAGGCCUGCAAUAACUACUACGUCGUACUGGAGACCAUCGAGAAGACCGUUGUUGUGUCUGAGCGUGCAUCCGAUGGAUCUUUGUGCUGGCUCCAGAACCCUCACAACCUUGAGGAUCGCAAUUCUUUGGCCAAGCUGCUCUUCACUGCAGACUGCAAGGAGGGCCUGCGCAUGUGCGACGUCAGAAAGCACUUUGAGGCGCAGCCACGUGACACAGAUGGUGAACAUCGCAAGCGCUAUGCCAAGGCGCUGUACGUUUUCACCACUGGUCGGAGCUUGAAGGGCAAAUGGGGAGGCAGCGCACGCCGCUACACAGCGCCACCGAUGCGUGGCCUAGGAGUGCAGGCACUCGGUCGCAGCUCGGAGUUCAUGAACGUGGCUUGGCCGGAGAGUGAUGUGGCUCGCCAGGAACUCUGGGCUCCGGGGUCUCUGAGUCAUCCGCCUGCCUCUCGACAUGAUGGGCGCUCCGAGCAUCGACCAGAUGUCCUGGGCCCAAGGAUUAUUUGGCCACUUUCGCGGCCGCGGUGCGAGACGGCAGGCGACUGUGCAGGGCCUCUGGCGGUCGCCGCCUCUGUGUCCUGGGCCAGCCCACACUUCUGCAAGAGGAGCGGCUGGAGGCGCCGGAGCACUCGUAGCACUCUCGCACGAUUUGCGUGGAGCGAGGCAACCGAGCAGAAGAUCAAUGCCGUGGCCCAGCAAAAGAUCGAGUCCUGGCUUGCUGCGGACCCAGAGGUCCCUGAAGUUUCAGCUUUGGCUGAGCGCAUCUCAACAGCCGUGGCAGACCUCGAGGAGGGCCUCAUUGAGCGCUCGCUGGAGGUCCGCAUCCUUUUGCUGGCCGCUUUCUGCGCAGAGCACGUUCUGCUGCUGGGCCCUCCUGGUACAGCAAAGAGCUUGUUGGCGAGGCGGCUUACAAGGUUUGUUGGCACAGACGCAGUGUUCUUUGAGCGACUGCUGACUCGCUUCUCAGUUCCAGAGGAACUCUUCGGUCCGCUUUCCCUGAAGAGCCUGGAGCGGGAUGAAUAUGUCCGGAAGACCACGGGAUACUUGCCUGAGGCAUCCGUUGCUUUCGUCGAUGAGAUCUUUAAGGCCAACUCGGCAAUCCUGAACACUUUGCUUUCCCUUGUCAACGAACGAGUCUUCGACAAUGGCCCCGAGCGCGUGGCGGUUCCUUUGCAAUGUUUGGUCGCGGCCUCCAACGAAGCUCCGGAGUCGGAGGAGCUCGAAGCCUUGUACGACCGGCUGCUCUUUCGCCUGUUGGUUAAACCCGUGUCAGAUGUCCGAGUGCCGGACUUGGUUAAGGCCACCUGCUUGAAGCCCCCGGGUGCGGCAGGUGACGCGAAGACAGGAAGCUUUGCCGUUGGCCUGGAGGAUGCGCAGCACGCGCAGGAGCUCGCGGGCACGGUGAAGGUGGGUCCCAAGGUCGUUGAGGUGUUGGUGGACUGCCGGCGCUUCUUCGCAAAGCUGCAGCCAGCCGUUCAGCUCUCGGAUCGACGCCUUGGCCAAUCAGCGCGGAUGAUGCAGGUCGCUGCCUGGACCUGUGGCCGAAGCGAAGUAGAGCUCUGCGACUGUGUUUUGCUUGGCCACGUCUUCUGGAGCAGCCCGGAGCACUGCGAGCAGUUCCAGGCCUACCUGCGUGGCCGCUUGGCCAGAACUCGGCGCCGGCAGCUGAGCAGCAUCCUUGGCGGCCUGCUCGAGCGGGUUGAGUCUGGUGCCACCUCUGCCGAAGACCUCCUGCGAGAGCUGGAGGCAUUUCGUCGGGCCAUUACCCAAGAGAUUUGCAGCUUUGAGAGGCAGCGCUGCCUUGCAAAAGCUCAUCCAUGGUUGGCAAUCGAGGAGACUGCAGCGUGGGACGCUUUGCUUGCGACAGCCUUGGAGGGCCUCAGGACUCUACUCUACGAUGUCGCGGCGCUUUCUGCAGCGGCUGAGCUGGGUGGAGAUGUGCCUGUUGAGUGGUUGAGGUUGUGCCAGGGUCGUGGACAGCGGUGGACAGGGACUGGGGAUGGCGACAGGGAAGAUGAUGACGUGGAUGAAACUUUUACUGUCGGCAAGCACAAGGGCCGCCUUUUCAGUGAGGUGGCCACGGAAGACGAGGAUUACUGCAGAAUGGCUACGACACGCCUCGCGGCUGAGGUGCAGCGGAAGGUGUCCGAGGGCAGCUUCAGCGGAGAGUCCAUACUCGACAAGCAGGUUACCGCGUUUGUUGCUUACCUGAAGUUGCAGCGGCACGUGUAG